UUUCCACCUGACGGGUGCCGUCUGAUAAAAGAAGCUGUGACUCACGUUACAGAGAUGGUCGGAGCGGUUCUGCUUCUGCUUCUGCUUAACUUCCCCUCCUACACUGCGUUCGGCUUCAUGAGCUGCUCUCAGAAUUUUGCAGAUUCGCAUUGCAUGUGGUGCGAUAACCGCAAGAUUGUGAACAUCUCUGCUGUGGUGAGAAUGUUCCCUGAAAAUAUAACUUUUAUUAGCUUUUCCAAAAACAUGAUCAGAGUCGUCCCACCUGGAACAUUUAGUCGUUUUGCUGGACUCAAACAUCUGGACCUGAGUCAAAAUAAACUAGCAUUUCUGAAAGGAGAAGAAUUUAAAGGACUUCAUCUCCUGCAGUUUCUCAACCUCACCGGCAACAACAUGUCGCUCAUCCAUUCGAACGCAUUUGAAGGACUCACCGGUCUGAAAGUCCUUCUUCUGAGCAGAAACAGCCUUUUAGACGUCUCCGGCCUUCUCUUUCAUUUCUUUCCUGCCAUUGAAAGCGUCGAUCUGUCGCUCAACAAGUUAAAGUCUUUCAGCUGUGAAGAGUGUGGAGGCUCCCUGUCUCUAAAAUACUUGAAUCUCUCAGUAAACAACAUCCAGAAGGUAAAUGUGAGCUGUUUUCCAGCUCUGAAAUACAUCAAACUGUCCAACAAUACACAACUGGAGCUGCAGCCAGAUGCUUUUAACUCAAAUCAGCAGCUGAGGACUCUGCUCCUUCAGUCGGUCGGGGUAGAAAGUCUAAUGGGACUUUCUGCACAGACGAGGGGAGAUCUCAUUCACAUAUCAUUUUCUAUGUUUGCUGAGAAUUCUUCAUGGACAAUCUGUGAUGUGCUGAGACGAAUGGAAAACGUCACCAAAGUAGAGGUUGACCUAAAAGGAUCCAAGUUACCUGAGAGUAACACCAGCCUUCUGGACUGCCCCACUCCUACCAUGCUUAUAGUUCUGCAAGCACAGUUGGGGAAUGUGGAUCGUUUGUCUUCGGAAAAGAGUAACACAAGCAAACUUUAUCUCAUCAACUGUGGUUUAAAGCAGAUAUCAAAUGCAACGUUUCAGGGUUUCACAGCUCUUAAAACACUGUACCUAAACCAAAAUCAUGUUAACAUUAAGCGGGACACAUUCAGAAGCCUGACUAAGCUGACGUUUUUAAGUUUGGACAGGAACAGGAUUCGGGACAUUGACUCCGGUUGGUUUCACUCUCUCAAAGGUCUCACUUGCCUGUCCCUUAUGAAAAAUGAGAUAACUGAGCUGGAGGCGAAUGUAUUUAAUGCUCUAACUAGUCUUGAGCAGCUCUACCUGCAGUUCAACCUGUUAAGAUCCCUCAAGAAGAAGACUUUUGGUAAUCUGCGCAGGCUAAAGAAGCUGAACCUCAGUUUAAAUAUAAUUUGUUUCAUUGAAGUGGGCACCUUCCAGGACCUGACAAACUUAAGAUACCUUGACCUUAGUGGGAACCGGAUCAGGAGGGUGACACCAUUUAUUCUGUCUGGCCUUCAAAAACUGACUGCGCUUGUUCUGUAUAACAAUCGUCUCGAAUUCAGAUCCUACGAAUCUCCAUUUGAGUCCCUAAUUUCUCUGAGGUUUCUAGAAAUGAGAUACCAGGGACCUGGAGGUUAUGGCAUUGGUGACAUUGGACCACAUUUCUUCAAGGGUCUACAGAACCUUACAUGCAUAAACAUCGGAAACAGUGUCAAGAUGAAUAUACAUCCCGACGCAUUUACUCCUCUGAUCAGUUUGAAGAUCUUGUUCAUAGAUGGAGUGGUUUUAAAAGAGACCAACCUAACUGCAGUGCUGUCGCCCCUAAAAGGCCUUUCAAAGCUGAUGCUGCACAGGGCAGACCUCGACUCCCUACCAGCAAACCUCCUGCCUCCGAAUAAUUCACUGAAGGUUCUCAAAGUUUCUUCAAACCACAUCCGUACAUUAAACAAGGAAAUGCUGAAUAAUCUACCAAGACUCCAAUAUUUUGAUAUUUCAGAAAACCCACUAAGCUGCGAUUGCGAUAACGCUUGGUUCAAGACCUGGGCGAUAAGCAAUGCUCAUACACAGGUUUCCUACCUGUACAAUUUGAAGUGCAACAACGAAAGAAGAUCCCGCUACCUGUGGCAGUUUGAUGACAAGACCUGCUCUUAUGAUCAAAUUUCUUUGACUCUUUUCAUCACCUGCUCUGUGAUGGAUGUGCUCUUUGUGUUUGUGUGUCUGGCUUGGCACACACAAGGUCCCACUCUGCGCUUCUUGCUGCUAAUGGCCAAAGCAAAACUUAGAGGAAGAAAAAGAGGCGCAGGGGUUAGAUUUCAGUAUGAUGCAUUCAUCUCUUACAGCUCCAAAGAUGAGGACUGGGUGAUGAAGCAGCUGGUGCCUAAUUUGGAGAAACCGGCUGCUGGUGCAGCAAAACUCAGGCUGUGCCUGCAUCACAGAGACUUCCGCCCCGGUGCUGCGGUCCUGGAGAACAUCGAGGCUGCAAUCUAUGGAUCUCGACACACCAUCUGCGUGGUGAGCCAUUCAUACCUGCAAAGUGAGUGGUGCUCUGUGGAGUUUCAGCUUGCCAGCCUGAGGCUUCUGUGUGAUGGAAAUGAUGUCCUUCUGAUGGUGUUCCUGGAGGAGAUCCCUGAGCACUGCCUGUCCCCCUACACGCGGCUGCGCAGGAUUGUGCACAGAAGGACAUACCUGCUGUGGCCGGAAAACCCUCUAGAACAGAACGCCUUCUGGGUCAGACUGAUGGACGCUUUGAGAGACAGUAAAGGAUUGAAGGAGGCAGGAGAGUUUUGAGGAAAGCAAAUUGUGGUUUUGGUAGUCGGAUAGAUCCAAGGAUCAACAAAUACCCACCUGGAAUGAAACUAUAGUUGCCUUUCUUGGGGAGAAAUUUUUGGAGAGAAAGUGUUUUGGAAAUAGAUGGCUGACUAUGAAAUUCAAACAUAUAGACUUUACUUCUUUAGAAUCGUAACCCCAAAGUUAAUCCACAAUUGAUAUUAGGAUUGAUUAUUAUUGUGUUCAAAGAGAGAUGCUGCUGCAAAAAUCUGCCUUUUUUGUCAUUUUUAAACACAAACUAAUUAUUGGGUAAACAAAUGUCUUUUAUACUUAACAGGUAAUCGUUAUGUGAAAUUCCAAAUGUGCUUCCUAACCUAAACUCUCCUAAUUUCUAAAAUUUCUGCAUUUUCA